ACUUUGACAUUGAAACAACAACAACAACAAAUAAAAAUAAAUAUCACAACAAUGAUUACUAGCAUAAAAUACUCGCACAAUAUUCAAGUUGGAAUAACUUACAAUAAUGAAAUUUUCCGGACUUGUAAUUUGUUUUUUGAUGACUGGAUUCCUUGCGACUGUAGUGGCUUUCAAGCCUGUAGUAAUACUACAUGGAAUACUUUCUGGCUCUGAAUCAAUGAUGUCUUUACAGCGAUUCAUUGAAUCGCAACAUCCUGGAACAAAGGUGUAUAACUGUGACUUGUUUAGUAAUUGGUACAGUCUUGAAAAUGCUUGGAAGCAAGUGUCCCAAUUUAGAGAUUAUUUAGAAGCAAUUCAGAAACUACAUCCUGAGGGAAUUAUAGUUAUUGGUUAUUCCCAAGGUGGGCUUUUGGCCCGUGCUACUAUACAGUCAAUGCCAAAUCACAAUGUCAAAGUAUUCAUAUCCUUGUCUUCUCCACAGGCAGGGCAGUAUGGAACAAGUUUUCUGCACUUGAUAUUCCCUGAUUUAGCAGCUAAAACUGCUUUUGAAUUGUUCUAUUCUAAGGUGGGACAACACACUUCAGUAGGAAACUAUUGGAAUGAUCCUAACAAACAGGAUUUAUAUUUAAAAUAUAGUGUUUUCUUACCUUAUAUUAAUAAUGAACUAAAAUCAACAAAUUCUUCGGAAUUUAAAAAUGCCCUAACACACUUGGAUAAAAUGGUACUUAUUGGAGGCCCAAAUGAUGGAGUUAUUACGCCAUGGGAAUCAAGUCAUUUUGGAUUCUAUAACGGUUCUUUUGAUGUUGUUCCCUUCAAUAAACGCGAUAUUUACACAGCUGACACAAUUGGUUUAAAAACAUUGGCCGACCAUGGAAAGUUGAUAAUCAUAGUAAAGCCAUUUGUUCAUCAUCUUACGUGGCAUACAAAUAAGCGCAUUAUAAAGGAAGUAAUUUUGCCCCAUUUGAACUAAUUUUUUAGCUAUAAAUAUUAUACGCACAUAAAUAAAAAUAUGGUCCAAAGGUUGAAUUUUUAA